CAUCCUCAACUACAACGAGCGCGUGCCGCCCAUCGUGUCGCACCUGACGUUUGCGCACGAGAUCGGCCACACGCUCGGCUCCUCGCACGACCUGCCGGAGAACAACAAGCCCGAGUGCGUGCCGGGCGGCUUCAACGGCAACUUCAUCAUGUACCCGUACUCGGUGUCGGGCUACGACCCCAACAACUCGCGCUUCUCGCCGUGCAGCCACCGGCUCAUCUCGCGCGUGCUGGACAUCAUCGCGGAGGGCAAGCGGCGGCAGUGCUUCAUCUCCACCGUGCCCAGCUACUGCGGGAACCGGGUGCGCGAGCCCGGCGAGGAGUGCGACUGCGGCUUCUCGGCCGACAUCUGCUCGGACCGCUGCUGCUACCCCCGGCUGCUCACCGACGCCGACCGUGAUGCGAACCGCUCGGCGGCCGGCUGCGCGCGCCGCGCCGACACCCAGUGCAGGUCGGAGACCGACUGUCAGCUGCGCUCCACGUGCAACGGCUCCAGCUCCACCUGCCCACCGCCGGCACACAAACCCAACAUGACCGAGUGCCAGAAGGGCUCCAAGGUCUGCAUCGCUGGCCUCUGUCAGGCGUCCGUUUGUGUCAAGACAGGGCUGAUCGACUGUGCCCUCACCUCUAACGACACCCAGGUCAGCGGCGUAGAAGCGUUCCCCUGCUGGGGCGCUUGA